AUGGAAAACGACAAGGGUGAACUCGUCGACCUCUACGUCCCCCGCAAAUGCAGCGCCACCAACCGCAUCAUCAAGGCUAAGGACCAUGCCUCCGUCCAAAUCGCCGUCGCAAAGGUUGAUGAGAAUGGCCGUCUUACGGGCGAGAGCGAAGUCUACGCACUCUGCGGUUUCGUCCGCGCGAUGGGAGAGUCAGAUGAUUCUUUGAACAGAUUGGCACAACGGGAUGGUCUGCUGAAGAAUGUGUGGAGCGGAAGCAGCCAGCGAUAA